CAUCCGUCAACUGGUCGAUCCGUUCGGGUUGACGCUGAACCGCCCAGCUUAUCUUUCUACAUAACCAACUCAUACCCUAGGAGAAUACCCUCGAAUGUCGGGAAGCAUAACCAUAUUCUAUGGAGCGGUCAUCAACCCAACCAGUCUGACGGCGUACAGCGCCUUCCCUCGAUCUCUUAUCGCUGUUGGACCUACUGGAAAUAUCGAGUGGAUCACAGAAGAGGUUCUGCCGCAUCAACUACAAGAUGAGUUGGCGCAGCGUGGAUGCUUGAGCGAAGAUCUCGUCGAGCUGAAGGACGGCGAGUUCCUUAUUCCAGGAUUCGUUGAUACCCACACGCACGCACCUCAAGUUCCGAAUAUGGGGGUCGGCCAACAAUAUGAACUUUUGGACUGGUUGGAAAAAGUUACAUUCCCUACGGAAGCCAAAUUCUCCGAUCUUGAAUUCGCGCAGCGGACAUACCAGAAGGUAGUCAGGCAGUUUAUUGGCGCGGGGACAACGACUUGUUGUUACUACGGUACAUUGCAUCUUGAGUCAACCAAGAUUUUAGCAGAUAUCGUGCACAGUUAUGGUCAACGAGCAUUCGUCGGCAAAUGCAACAUGAACCGCGAGUCCCCGCAUUACUAUGUCGAAUCGUCCACCUCAUCAUCAUUGGCCGACACCCGUGCACUCAUCACGUAUAUACGAUCUCUACCUUCGGGACCAAGUCCACAAGCAGCGUCCAAUGAACCUCUCGUCCAACCUAUCCUUACUCCGCGCUUCGCCAUUUCUUGUACCUCGGACCUCCUCGCAUCCCUUGGUGAAAUCGCAUCCUCGGAUCCAACGUUGCGCAUCCAAACGCACAUCUCUGAGAAUCCACAAGAGGUCAAGUACACAAAGCAACUCUUCCCAGAUGCAAACAGCUACGCCGAUGUGUAUGACAAGCACGGUCUGCUCAACAAACACACGAUCUUGGCCCAUGCUGUUCACCUUGAGGUUGAAGAAGUCGAAUUAAUCAGAAAGCGAGGAGCAGGGAUCAGCCAUUGCCCAACAAGCAACUUCAAUUUGCGAAGCGGUGUUGCUCCAGUGGGUGUGUUCUUAGACAAAGGCAUCAAGGUCGGAUUGGGAACAGAUGUGUCAGGCGGCUUUUCACACUCGAUGCUCACGGCGAUACAACACGCUAGCAUGGCUUCCAAAGUCCUCUCCUUCCACCCGUCGUCUCCCACCGUGGUCUCAUCAUCACCAACCUCGUUCGCGAACCGACACCUUCCAAUCGCCACCCUCUUCUACCUUGCCACGAUGGGGGGAGCUUCGGUCUGCGGGCUCGAUGCUCAUAUCGGAUCAUUUGCACCGGGAAAGGCAUUUGAUGCGCUUCUCGUCACAGUGAGGAGCGGGACUGGGGCUGCGUCUGUGCACCUGGACGAGGAACAUAAAGAGAAAAAGUUGGAUGAGUGGCUCGAACGGUUCUUGUUCUGCGGCGAUGACCGGAACAUCGAGAGAGUAUAUGUUCAGGGAAGACUGGUUGGUGGACGCACAUUCACCCCCGCCAAACCUCUGAAUCUUCCUGCGGUGGUCGCAAACUAGUCGCUUUUCAUAUUUCCCUUGUAACAUUCAAUUAGCAGUAGAUAAUAAUUUUAGGUCCGAGUUCAAGUUC